UUUGUCUCGACGCAGCACGCUUGUCGGUCUUCUAAACGCGUUCUAGCGCUGCGGGCCCGGGCUGUGCGGCUCAUAUAACUUGAGGCCAACCCUUGGGUCACCCUUGUCAGACACCGUCCCGAAGGUUGACGUUCCUCGAAGCUUCCGACCAAGAUCGAUCUCACUCAGCACUGCACCGCGCUCUAUUACAUGUCCGACAGCGACAUUCUGCACUAUGGCUCAUCGUGGAAUCCUUACCACGCCAUACCACCGCCUGAAGAGCGGACACCCAUAACAUGGACGACGAUCCCGCAAGUCCUCAUGUACUGGGCACCCUUCUAUCUAAUGGCUUUCCUGGUGCGGAGAGCGGACACACACCUGCUGCGCCUUCUCCUACUCCCCAUCGCUGUCUCGACCGCAGCGUAUUGUACGUACUGGUUCAAGGUGGAGGAUCCUCGCUUUUCCACAAUUGACUGGGGUAGGACUUUCAUGGCACUCGUAGUCGUGGCGAAGAACAUCGACUUUGCGUUCGCGAGGAACGGGAGGUUCAAGAUCGGGGAGAAGGAGUUGCCUCCGAUAGGCGGCACGGUCAAGCCGCAGACGGGAAGCAGGGAAGGUCGCAUCUUGCCGCAGUGGUUCAGAGAUGCCUCAGACAUCAUCUUCACCAUGAGGGGCAUCGGCUGGGACUUCGGCAAGGGUGUCUACGUCCCGAAAGAGUCGCGUUCGCUGGAGCGUGGACCGUUCUUGCGAGCCACCGUGCUUUCGCUGCUGUGGAACUACAUCGUCAUUGAUGUUCUCGACUCGCUGUUCAAGUUCAUACCUCGCGCCGGACAACUGUCCCAGUGCCUCGAUACCGUGGCCAGCGCGAUACACCUCGCGAGCGGAUUCAUCAUCCAAUACGGCAUGGACGCGUGGAAAGCCACCUCGCUGCACGAGUACUGGGGCAACAUGUUCCAUGUCUAUGGAGGGUACGUCGGUGGAUUGCUUGCGGGGCCAAUGGGAUGGUGCUUGGCUCGGGUUGGCAUCAUACUCGAAGGGCUCUGGAAGAAGGCGACUGGGAAGCCUGUAGGCGGCGUCGCGGGCUGGUUCUGGACGGCGUUCUUUGUCUUGGUUAUUGGUCAAAUGAGCACGGACGCAUGGGCAACUCAAGGCCUCAUUGGCGGAUUCAUCGUACCUCCACCGCUCAGCGUGACGAGACGCGUCUUGUUCCCCGCUGUACGGUCGUUACUCCGCCUCUGGAGAUCAUCGUGAGGAUACGGCACAUCGGUUUGACUUACAACUAUGUUGCAUGUCUGAAUUGCUAUAUAUCCGGCGUAGUACAUACCCUAGAUGUAAUGUUCAUAUAAUUCGUAAGUAUCAAUAUACUCAAUCUGAAGUCGAAGAUUGUGUUCUGCAGCGAAUUCAGC